AUGGCCAAUGAAAAGCCCAAGGAAGGAGUCAAAACUGAGUACAACUAUCAUAUACAUUCGAAGGUGGUGGGGCAGGAUGGUCCUGGGAUGCAGUUUAAGAGUAAGAGGCGCACACCACUUAGUGAAGGAAUGAAAGCCUACUGUGAACGACUCAGUUUGCCAACGAGGCAGAUCAGAUUCCAAUUUGACAGGCAGCUAAUCAAUGAAACACACACCUCACAGUUGGACAUAGAGGAUGAAGAUACAACUGGUGUGUUCCAGCAGCAGACAGGAGGACCUGCCACUUCACUCCAGAACUCUGUGCCUCCAGACCAAGACCUUCUCAGUCAGAAAACUGCCAUGUUGUUGCACCACACCCUGACCACUACACAUGAACCUUUCUUGAUGCUGGCUGUUCCUUCCAGCUCCAUUACAGCCAGAUAUGUUACCUUAGACAAGUCACGUAAACGUUCUGAACUUGGGUUAUCAUCUGAUCAUGCCUGUUCUGCUCUUCAGAAGCCAAAGAUACUCAAAUUUUUUGAACAUAUUAAUGAGCAAAACAUUCUGUACCAGAGUCAGACUGCAGUCAGCACUCUUUGGUCCAGUGUUCAGGCCACCGUGCAGCAGCCUCAGCACCCAGGACAUCCUUGCCACCACUUCAGAAAAGCUUCUCUGCCCGGAAAUCGCAGAGACCAGGAGCCAGCACUCGGUGAUCCUGGAGACUAUCUGCCGCAGCAGUGCCCGGUGAUGCUCUGA